AUGUACAAGAGCUCUCGUAAUCUGAGCACAACAGUGAGUCUGCAACAAUACUUAUGUGACGUGUGUGAUAAACCAUUCACCAAAAGAAGCAAUCUAACGGUCCACCGGAGGACGCACACAGGAGAGAAACCGUUCCAGUGUGAUGUGUGUGAAAAGUCGUUCAGUCAAAGGUGCAGUCUGGCGGUCCACCUUAGAACACACACGGGAGAGAAACCAUUUCCGUGUGAUGUGUGUGACAAGUGGUUCAACACUAACCCUGAUCUGACGGUACACUGUAGAACGCACACGGGGAAGAAACCGUUCCAGUGUGAUGUUUGUGAAAAGUCGUUCAGUCAAAGGUGCAGUCUGGCGGUCCACCGGAGGACGCACACAGGUGAGAAACCGUUCCCGUGUGACGUGUGUGACAAGUGGUUCACGACUAGCAAUAAAUUGACGGUACACCGGAGAACGCACACAGGAGAGAAACCGUUCCAGUGUGAUGUGUGUGAAAAGUCGUUCAGUCAAAGCUGCAAUCUGGCGGUUCACCUUAGAACGCACACGGAGGAAAAACCAUUCCAGUGUGAUGUGUGUGAAAAGUGGUUCAAGACUUGCAAUCAAAUAACCGUCCACCAGAAGAUGCACAGCAAAAAAUCUGAGAUCUCAGAUUGA